AUGAGCGACUGGAAUACAGUGACAAUAUUGAGAAAAAGGCCACCAAAGCCUUCUACCAUGAAAUCUGAACAGGCCAUCAACAAAGCUAGACGAGAGGGUGCAGUAAUUGAUACUCAAGUCAAAUGGGGUGCAGCUACUAAUAAACAUCAAGUUACAACAAAAAAUACUGCAAAAUUGGAUCGGGAAACUGAGGAAUUGAAACAUGAAAAAGUGCCAAUUGAUUUAGGCCGUCUUAUACAACAAGGGCGACAAGCUAAAGGUUAUAAUCAAAAAGAACUGGCUACUAAAGUUAAUGAGAAACCACAAAUAAUUCAAGAUUAUGAAGCUGGACGUGGAAUACCUAAUCAAUUAGUUAUUGGAAAAAUUGAAAAAGUGCUUUGUAUAAAAUUAAGAGGAAAAGAUCGUGGCCAAGCGCUUCUGCCCCCUAGCACCAAGAAGUGA